AGGGAGAGAAAGCAUAAAGAUCUGGAAUAUAGAGGAAAAGCAUAUAAUCAGAAAUAAUAGCUCUCAUCAGACACAGACAAUAGAUAGCAAACUGGCUUCAGAAAAGAUAUUCAGGCAUCAUGGGAACCAAAUCAACAGACACAAGUGCUUUCUCUUAGGAGGAUGCUCAUGACAGUUUGAUUACUUGAAAUCUGAGGAGAAAAUGCCCAACCAAAGAAAUCAGUUGACACAGAGGAAAACCAGCAGCACAUUAAAAUAAGAAAACCAGGAGGUUUUGUGAAGGACACAAUUGCGUGUUUGCGUGUUGCUGAAACACAGAGGGAGAGAGGCUGCAUGGAGCUGCUGCUGCAAACAGAGCCCAGGGUAUGUGCACUCCAUCUAUGCCAUUGCAUGCCCAUGGCACUACUGGGAUUGCUGGAGGAGUCCUGUGGAAGAGAAGUCCUCAGGCCUUGAAGGGGAGAAGGUAGUUUGAUGCCAGCCUGUUAGGACUGAAGCACAUUGUCCUGCUGUUGCUGUGCAGAAAAGCUGAAUCACUGAGAACCUUGCUCCUCUGAAUAAACUUCCAGAUCUCAGGUCUUCUCAUACCACUGGACAGGACAACAUGCCUGAAGUGAUUGUAAAGAACACUUCAUACAAAGGAAAUAAAUGAGUUUCAAGCAAUCCCCUCUUGUCCUGUAACAACAUCCUCUUGUCCAUUGUCCAUGGUGGAAACAAACUCUGCUUAAUUGUGGUCAGGCUGCUGUGAACAGGGAGGAUCCUGUUUGGCACCAUCCAAAUGGCAGUGGCCUUCAGCUUGAUAGGAACUGUGAAAUGUCCAACUGCAACAGGAAAAAAUGCCCCGGAACCACCAACUCACUCAGCUGCACAAAGUUGGUAGCACGAGGUACAGCAAAGCCCAAGCUAGGCAGAUACUCCAGAGCUGCCCUGUAAUCCCUGAAUCCUGCUGAAUUCACAGCCUGGUGAUAUAUCAAUGUCAAAGGGAUGCAAAUGGUAAUUCUGCCUGGCUGUUAAACUGCCUGGUGUUGCCCUAUUUCCAAUGGCUGCUGUCAAGUGCUUCCUCAAAUGGUUGGAGUGGCUCAGUUCAUCACUAAACCUACCAGCCUGAGAGCCAGAAACAGGAGUGGUGUCAUUCCCAAAGCCUCACUGCCAGGUCUCAUUUGUGAAUUUUCAGGCCAGCCUGUGCUUUGUGAGUUUGGACUAUCUUCCCUCCGAUGCUAAAAGGAAACCUGUUUGGGUUUGGACAUCUUGGAAGGAUGAUACAAAACCAGCAAGAUCUCCUGUUGAAAUGGAAAUUCUCCUCUUCUGUUUCAUCUGACCCUGUACUGCUGGGACACUCCCUUUCCUUUGUCCACCUGAGUGUAUCUGGAUGAAGCAGUCAUUGCAUCUUCCACCUUCAUCAAUGAAGUAUCUGAUUGGGUUUGAUAUUAUUUCUUGCUCUCUUUUAUAUCAUCUGAGUCAGUUUUUGAGAAAGGUUCAGCCAUAGGCCUUAACAUGCAUUGAUUUGGGGUUUUUUUGGUUAUUAUUCAAGUAUGAUUGGUCUAGCUUACCUUAGCUGCCUUCAUCAUGUCAGAAAGUUAUGCUCUGGUGAGCCUGCCCCUUUUUCAUAUCCCUGCCUUUUGAUCAUUUGGCUGUGCUGAACAGUCAUUCUUCUGCAAGACAUGCUGCUCAGAGUCCCAUGGGAUUGUCAUGUUGGCCACAGAAGUCCUCUUUGGCAGAGACUAAAGACUGAAAAAGUGGAUCCAGCUCUGGGAUUCACUGGUGGCAGGGACAUGUCAGCAGGAAGGAUCAUUUGUUCUUGCUCUUGGCACAAGUGUAUGGCACUUGUUAUUGGCUCUUCUGGGCAACAACCAUAAACCAAGCCCAAACACAACUAAAAAAACCCUCCUCAAAAUGAGAAAACCACUGGAAAAUAAGGAAAAAAACCCCCUAAUGAAUAUCCCAGGAAAUGGAAAUAUAAUGGGGUAGGGCUCAAAACAGCAAAAUGCAGAUUGGUCCUGUGCAAUGAGUAUUUUGUCCUUUCUGCAGCUGGGCUCUCAUGAGAAGAUGUGGAUGUUGAUGUGGCUCUGGCAGGGAGUUUGCACUGAUCAUAGAUGGAGAGAGAGAGAGAGCUGCUGGAGUAGGUGUGGGACAACAGGUCAAGGCUGUCCUGUAAUCCUCUCACAUCUGAUACCCCACAGAGACUCCUGACGGCCAAGAGACUGCCUUUUCCGAGAGGAAUAUGUCCUGCAGUAAGAUCUCCAGUUUGUGGUAAAAAUAACUAUCACUUACUUCACAGGCCCAUGGAAAAGCACCUGCCUGGGCAGCAGGAGACUGGAAAAUUGCAGCUGUGAAACUGGAUGUGCUAACUUCUGUACAGAACAUCUAUGAAUUUAGACUUCACUUUUCCCUGGUAAAACUUUGGAUUAUCUUGAUUUUUAUUCACACUUGAAAGGUGAAAUGGUCUAAAUCUUAAUGUUUAAUGAGUUGGGGACUGUUUCUCAGUUUCAAAAAUCCAUUAGCCUCUUUGUCAGCGAGGAGUAAAGAGCUGUUUUGAAUUCAUGGUACAUCUUCAAAGUUUCUUUCAAAGAUUACUUUUUUUUUCCCCUUCUCCUCUCAUGUAUCUCAGAAGAAACCAGGCUGCCAAACUGCUCCAGGAAGCUCUUCUGAGACAGAGACAUCCAUCUCUGUGUACGGUCUGUACUUGUGAAGCAGAACACAAAGCCCUUUUUCCAUUUAAUCCAUAUUAAUUAUCUCUCUGUAGUUUCCACUCCGCCUAAGCAUCAAAAACUUGUGUGGCUGCAUCUUGAACAAACCAGAGCUUUUCACUCCACACCUGAGAUCACUUAGCUGGAGAUAACUAGGGAGAUGCCUGAGAAAAGGAGCAAUUACAGCAGGGUCCUUUAUCUGCCAAAAAGGAAGUUCAAAGUGCUGGCGGAACAACCCCUCUCACCCCAGUGAGGACACUGAAGCGAGAGCAACUCGUUCGCCUUUCUGGUCACGUACCCUCCAUGAAAUGUAAAUAAAUACUAGGCUGGGAAGCUUUUGCAGAAUACAAUGUUAUUUAGAAACUGGAAGACUCUUGCCAGGUAAAACAAUGGGCAGAUUUAUUUUUUUUUUCUCUAGCAACAAAACAUCGCACUUAAUUCCUUCAAGUUUGUUAAAGUCUUGUGAAUAUGUAUUAGGGACAGAAAAACCAGUGUACCUUAUGUUUAAGCUAGUUUAGUUUAUUGGAUUAUGAUAAACAUAUUCAGAUACUAGAAAUCCUACAAAAAUUAGAAUUUAUUUGCCUCUUGAAGAUUAUAGCAUUUGCAAAUAAAUCUCCUUUAAAAUAUAACAGAAGUUAAACUUAAAUCCAGAAGCAAAGUUUUAAAAAAUCCUUCAGAAGGGAAUGUCCAAAUACAACCUUUCAGGGCUUUAACCUGUAGUGAUUUAACGUUUUUCACGUAAAAAUUAAUUUCUGUUUGCAGAGCCACACUGAAAUAUUUCAUCCUGGCUUACAUUACUGAAUGGUUGCAGUGACCUGUGGGAAGUGUAGUUCCUCUGCAGGCUGAGGUGUUUUGCCAGAGAGUUGCAUGUUACCACUUUAAUGAUGCUAAUAUUUUGACUUUAUCUCACAAACCAAAUAUUGCAGUACCAGUUUACUUAACCUGAGGCAAAAAUAUUUUGAUCUCACUUCCUAAAUGAAAUCCAAAUGAUUUUUGAAAGAGCAGAGCUUUUCGUUCCGAGAAUCUCUUUCCCAGCAUAAGUGUAUUUCAGUGGAACACUCUGGAGCCAUUACAACUUCCAGAUACAAUUUCAAAAAGCACAAUCUUUUACAAACUCGCUUUCUAGAUAAGACCAAACCUUUCUGCGUGUCUUUUCUGAAUAACAAACCCUUACUUAGAGUUGAAAUUAAGAAAACAAACUUUUCAACACUGAUCUUUAACUGGCCAGUUAGAAAAUGCUUGAGGAAAUGUUUUGCCAGGUAAACACAUUCUUGAUUAUUUUAGGAUAAAAUGAGUCGGGAGGAUAACUAGGCAAAUAAAAUGGGUCAAUACUUAAGGACAGUUUUAUGAGUUUUACACAACUACACAGGAAAAGCCAGUGGUAAUGAGAUUGUGGUGGCAAAUAUGCUUAACAAAUGUGAUGUUUCUGAUGCUGUUAACCCAUUUCCUUAUCCCAGUUGAGCCUGGGAUAUUAAUCUGGCAGGCUGUGGAACUCCUCAACUCUUCUGUCAUGCUGUAUGGAUCUUACCUGAUUCAAAGGCCACAUAUUUAUUAUGAUGACAACUUUUACAGUAUGGUUUUUCUGAAUCUAGCUCUGUGUCACCACUAUAAAUGUAACAAGUUUAUGACAACAUAUAAUUGACUACGCCUUUUUUUUUUUGUAUUUUGACUCAUUAUGGUGUAGCCUGGUAAAGUUUGUAGUAUUCAAGGGCAUUCUUUGACUUAUUUUACAGGUGCUUCUUAAAAUGACUGAGCUGCUGUUAUAUAAUUUUAUAAUUUAAUUAAUAAAGACUUUAACAGAAGUCUGUGAAAGCACAAAAAUCCACAUAGGGCUCACACUGAAGAAAAGGGAGUUUUGCUUCCUUGACAAUAGUUUUUGCUCAUGUAGCUUUUGUAUCAUCAGUAGCAGAUAUUAAGCUUUGGUGGAGCAGGCCACUUUUAGCCUUACCUCUUAAUUUGCAGUACAGACUUUAGUGUUAUUUGCUUAGAAUGAUACUCUAAUGUAAUUUUAAUAUGUUUAGUUAUGAAACUUCACCUUUUAGCCUUAUUUCAUAAGACAAAUGAUAUUUUUAAACCAAAAUAAUUAAAAUUUAAAUUCAGUCUUUCUGUGUAUAAGCAACUAAGUCAAAACUUUUCUUAGUAUAGUGCACAAUAAAGUAAGAUAAACUGCUGGCAUGGCCCCUGGAAAUCGGCUGUCUUGACCAGCUACCUCAAGAAACACAGAACUUACAUUAGAAUGACAGAGUAAGGGGCCGAAUUCCUUACUGCUUAAGGUUUUGAGACAAAAAAAAAAAAAAAAAAAAAAAAAAAGAAAGGGGCCAUUGUAUUCUUAAGUUUUUAAACUUUUUACUUCAGCUCAACAUUUCAGACACCUCGUGUGUUAGCAACACGGUGGCCUGAAACUGGGUCUUGGCCUGUGCUGACAAAGGGUCUAUUUGCUAAUGGCUGAGGAUGAUCCAGCUGGAGCAUUUGGAUGCCCUCAGCACACCAGGGUGCACAGCUUAUUGAGAAACCUGGAACAGAUCUCUGGAAGGCUACAGAUUCAGAUAAACCCAACAGGCAUGAAUUUCCAGUAGCAUCAACUUCUGCAACCCUGUUUAAGUGGGAGUAACUGAGUCCACAGAUUUAUACAAGGUGGUGAUUGUUUAUUUUUACUUUGUCUUAAAAAUUAAGGUGGAAAAUUAGGUUAAUAAUUCUGAACAGGUCAUUUUUUCCCCUUCAGCUCCCUUUCAUUCAUUCCUGGCUGAGCAAAUGUUUUCCUUGAUUAAAGGACUGCAUACAGUGUCAGAGCAAAAUGCACUUUUUGCAUAUUUGCUUAUUCUAUGAAGCUGAAAUCAGUCUUGUGUUGGUUUUCUGGUAUUUUUCAUGGUUCAAAGAUGCCCUCAGAAAUACCUGAAAGGGGUGUCUUGCAGAAAUUCAGUUAGCAGAAAGCAAUGUCAUGAACAAGCUUGUUUUGGAAACCACAAAGUGCUAUCAUCCGUAAGAAUAAUCCUGAAUAAACUCUCUGAUCGCCUGAAGCCCUGCCUCUUCUUUGUGGACUUGUGGGUAAUUGCCACGGUGAAGAACAUGCAUAUAUUAAAUUAAAGGUAUGAUUUUUAAAAUUUUUUUUUCACUUAGUUAAAUGCAUUAAAUCCCAUACUUGCUUCACUUAAUGUCAGCAUAAGGCUCCAGGCAUCCUUGUAAUGUAAUAACCAAUGGAUUCAUGCACAUGGUUGUUCUGUGGCAGGUGACAGCACAGCUUUGCAUUAAUGUGAGGUUUUAUUAAUAACACUAAUAUAUUCAAUUGUAGGGACAGUGCAUCUUGCAAAAAGGUUAUUAUUUUUGAUUUGUGUAGUCUGGCUGUAUUUUAUACUUCAUUGACUAAUGCCACAUUUGGAAACAGCCAGCCAUGGGUGUGUCACAUGUAAAAACAAACAUCUUGCUCCACGGGCAUUAAGUUUAACACUUGCUUUUCUCUGCUCAGGUUCUGAGCCAUGGCUGCUAUGACAAAACAGAUUAAUAACCCUGGGAUUAACAGCAAAUACACUGGAGGGGGGGUGUGCUGCAGAGGGUAUGGCUGAUCUUUAGGAGAUGGCAAAAUAAACUUAUUUAUGCCUCAAGAGAAGCAAAUCAACGUCAUAGGCCAGCAAAACUUUCCAUCCUAUUUCACAGAACCAUGCUGUAUUCAGCAUCUUAAAUUGUAUUAUCUAUAACAUAAGGUCAUAGUGCAGGAGCCUGGUGGCUUAUGUGAACUGCAAAUCACUGCCCUGGUAAAAGACCUUUGCAAAAGGCACCAUAAAAGUCCCCCAAACUGACAGAAGACACAGAGAAAUGCUUCUAAAUACAGAGCAGCUCCUAUCACAAGACGGCUGGCUGAGAAUAAAUAGUUUACAAUUGUAAAUCAGUGGUUAUUUCUAGGUGAUAUUUCUCAUUGUAUUAUGCAGUCACUAUGAGAUAGAGAGCAUUAAUUCCCAGAAUAUUUAUACAUUAUUGUUUUACACAAAGUACACUACAGACAAUAAGAAGAGUUUUCAAAAGCAGCAGACUGACCCAAGCUAAGACAGCUCAAGAUCAGAGGCCUUUUUGGGGAGCUUUUGAAAAACUACAGCCAAAGGGUUUGAGUUUGAGGCAGGAGCAGGGAGCUCCUGGGGUGUGCAGGACGUGUCUCCUGAAACCUUAUUGGAGGUGGCCGUGGUGGCUGCCUGGUUCUGGUGCCAGGGUGUCCUGCCCUGCCAAGGAUUGCAGCUUCUUGUCCCCUUCUGUGACCUGGAGACAACCCUAGGCCUUCCCUCCCUGCAGCUGAUCCAUCUGUCUCUGGAUUCAGUUCCCAGUCACGUGCCUCUGUGGUUAUUAGUGUCCACCAGGAUGGACAUGGAGGAACCCAGAGAGACUGAGGGGCAUUUUGAGUGGCACACUGGAGAAUGAGACACAAGUGGCUGGUGCUUCUGAGGGCGUGUAGUUUCGAGACAGGACAUUUGGUUCCUACAAGCCAUUUGCCAACUGUUUCUUAUAAAUCCCCUAUCAAAAAUAGUAAGAUCUGUCAAAGUUGCCUGGGAUUUAUAACAGCCUAAUAAGCAUAAUAAAUGACUGUAUUAACAGAGGGAGAACAUGCAUGGCGUGAUUAAUAGAUUUUUCUCAAAGUCAUAGAUAAAAAUGAACAGCAAAGGAAAGGAAAACCUUCAUAUUAACUCUGUGGGAGCUCUUGUAUUAAUUGGCACAUAAUCAGGUACAGCUGCUAAUAAUCAGGCAGCUCUUUAAACCAACACACACAGAGUACUGCCAAUGCAGCCUGAAGAGCUAGAGAUUAAAGAAUAUACAAAUAUUCCUUGAAACUCGGGUUGCUGGAUCAAAGUCAUGUUUUCUUAUAAGCUUAUGGAUCCCUAGGUUCUGUGACACUGUGGAAUUCCCUCAUGUGAUAAACCAUCUCUUCUCUCUCUUCCUCUACUUGCAGGCCACUGAAAAGUAUCCGUCAGAAUAUACUUUUUUUUCUGUGUCCUGUAUCUUGAUAACACCAGUCUUCAGAGCACUUCGUGAUGGGACAUUCUGCAGAUUCUUUGUGGGAUCUUCUUUUACUGGAUAUUGUUGUCCUCUGGAGGAACUACACACCUCAGAGCCACCACUGGGCCACACAGAGGCAGGCAAGUUCAAAUAAGAACAUAAACUCAAGAAAGUAAAUUGAUUGUGUAGCAACAAAGGAUUGAUCUCUUGAUUACUCCCUUAGAACCACUUACAGGCACAGCAAAAGAGGUCCCCAAACAUUUCAGAAACCUACAGUGACUCUAACAACAACCUCUUGUUCUAGCUGUCACUUAGGGUUUUUCCUCACAGCUAUAUCAAAGUCAAGGGGCCAAUUCAGCCAGAUUUCCCCUCCUUGGGUCUGGCUUUCUGAGUAGGUUGUCAUCCUGCUGUUUCCAUAAACUCUAAUACUCAAGGGUUUUCUUAUUGCUGUUGAAUGCAAACAAAGCUUCAAAGACCUCUCUAUGUCUUUGCUCACUUAGGGUCUCCUGCUUCCCUGCAGCCUUAGCAUGGGGGUUUUAUGUUCACACAAAUCUUAGUGGGACAUCUUUAACAUGAAGCAUGACAGCUCUGCUUUGUGAAGAGGGUCUCUGGAGGGCUGAGCUUUUCCUGUUCCCUUUAGAAGAGUGUAAAUCCUGGCAGUUUUGGGGUUUCUGGACACUUCUGAAGACCUACACCAGGAGCUGUUAUGCCUCUUCUGAAGCCUCCUUCUCACUUAGAAAAACCUCUGGAAAGUUCAAAGUGUCAAGAAAAUUGUUGCAGAAUUGUGAUAAGACACGAUAUUCAAGCAGUGAAGACUUUCAUAACACUACCUAAAUGCCUUAUUAAUCUAACAUGUGUCAGCAUGUGAAUGUACUGAUCACCAUCUUAAUAAUCUUUGACAACUUGGGGAGAUUGGACUCUGGUGAAAGAUUCCACGCAAGAUGAGGGUUUGAUACCAUGUGAACUCUCCCCAGAGUCAGUGAAGUCACAAGAACGGAAAACAACCAGUGGUUGUCAAAGAGCCCCUGAAAGGAUGGAAGAAAACGGUUACACAGUUUCAGAGGAGAAGCCUGACAGAUUGUGUGCUAGUUUUGAGAAGCUGGCCUUUCUCCUAGGUUGGUGGGUGUACAACAGCCAGGCCCCACAGCAGAGGGGACAAGCUGAAGCUCUGGACCAUCACCUGAGCCAAAUGAAGACCUUCCACCAGCACUGCCUUUCCCAUGCAGAGAAAAGGAAGAGGAGGAAACCUUAUGCAAAGAAACAUUAAUGCUGCAGUAAAUCUCUGACAUCAGCUGCUGCUUGCCAGCACAGUGCAUAACAGGUGAGGGAAAGAGCUACUCCAGAUGUCUGUAGCUAAGAACCACUUGUCUGAAUCAAUGUGGUGAUGACACAGAGAAGGAACAGAUGGCACAGAGUUGUCUCUGCUCCAUUCAUCACGUCAACAACUGGAAACAGUGACAAUACCACACUGGCUUCUUGCAAGUUAUGGAGCUCAGCAAGCAAAUUAGCCUGACUGGCAGGAGGUCUCAGAAAAGUAGACUGAAAUCUGCCUUGGACAGCUAUGGAGAUCACAUCACUGCUGAAAGAGGUAAUCCAGUACUGCCAUUAUAAAUGGGGACAUUGUGGCCACUCCGAUUACCCUACAUGUCUGACUGGGCCAAAAGUCUAAUGGCAGGUGCGGAGCCUGUUGGGAAGCACACCUGGCAGAAGUUCCAGCUGGGCCACGGGACCAACGCUGCUCUGUAGAAAGACCUGAGACACCCUUAAGGACUGAGAAUCUGACUAAUUUAAACAGAUGGCUAAUCCCAGUGCUGUCUGCAAUGGGCACCUACAUCAUCAUCAUCAGAAACAGAAUAACCUCUUAAAAAGUGGAAUCUAUAAGAAAAAUGGAAUUACUAAAGGAAUGAAGAAGAAUGGCGUGUCAAACGGAACUCUCUACAAAAAGACAUUUAUUGAGCACUUUGAACAGGCACCAAUGUAUGUUGCAGUUUUUACUGUCGUGGGUUUUGCAGUGGGAACAAUAUUUGGCUACCUGCGAGAUUUUAUGAGAGCCUGGGGACUAGAAAAGCGUAACAUUGCUGAAGAGAGAGAACAACAAAAAGAUUUUGUGCCACUUUAUCAAGAUUUUGAGAACUUUUACACCAGAAACCUCUAUAUGAGAAUACGGGAUAACUGGAACCGGCCAAUUUGCAGUGUCCCUGGGCCACAGUUUGACCUCAUGGAACGUGUUACAGAUGAUUACAACUGGACAUUUAGGUUUACAGGAAGGACUAUCAAGAAUGUAAUCAAUAUGGGUUCUUAUAACUACCUCGGCUUCGCAGAAACAGAUGUUAAUGCUUUGAAAACUGUGACCAUAGAGUUAGAAAAGUAUGGGACGGGAGUCUGCAGUACCAGGCAAGAAAUGGGCACCCUAGACAAGCAUGUAGAACUAGAAAAACUUGUGGCCACGUUCCUUGGUGUUGAAGAUUCCAUGGUGUUUGGCAUGGGCUUUGCAACUAACUCGAUGAAUAUUCCAGCCCUUGUUGGAAAGGGCUGCCUCAUUUUAAGUGAUGAGUUGAACCACACUUCUCUCGUUCUUGGUGCGAGGCUUUCAGGUGCCACUAUUAGAAUCUUCAAGCAUAAUAAUAUGCAGAGCCUCGAGAAGUUGCUGAGGGAUGCAAUAAUAUAUGGGCAGCCUCGCACCCACAGAGCGUGGAGAAAAAUUAUCAUCCUCGUGGAGGGGAUUUACAGCAUGGAAGGGUCCAUCGUGCGCCUGCCAGAGAUAGUCUCCUUGAAGAACAAAUACAAAGCCUACCUCUACUUGGACGAAGCUCACAGCAUCGGUGCAGUGGGAGCAACGGGCCGAGGAGUCGUGGAGUACUUCGGGAUGAGCCCUGAUGAUGUUGAUGUAUUAAUGGGAACGUUCACGAAGAGCUUUGGUGCAGCUGGAGGAUAUAUAGCUGGCAAAAAGGGCCUUGUGGACUUUUUACGAACUCAUUCUCACAGUGCUGUGUACGCCACAUCCAUGUGUCCACCCGUAGCAGAGCAAAUCAUCAGGGCAAUGAAAUGUCUCAUGGGACUAGAUGGGACAACACAAGGGCUCCAAAGAGUGCGCCAGCUGGAGAAAAACACAAGGUACUUCAGACGAAAACUGCAUGAAAUGGGCUUCAUUAUUUAUGGCAAUGAUGAUUCGCCUGUUGUCCCCUUGCUCCUUUAUAUGCCUGGUAAAAUAGGGGCUUUUGCAAGACGCAUGUUAGAAAGAAAUAUCGGGGUGGUCGUGGUUGGGUUUCCAGCUACUCCCAUCACAGAAUCCAGGGCUCGGUUUUGUGUGUCAGCUGCACAUACACGGGAGAUGUUAGACACGGUUUUGAAUGCUCUGGAUGAAUUGGGUGAUUAUCUACAACUGAAAUAUUCCCGGUAUUCCAAGUCAUCUCAUCCUGAACUGUAUGAAGAAACUAGGCUUGAACUUGAAGAUUAAGUUUUCCACCUCUGAAGAGAACAUUAUGAUGCUAUGAAAGGGCGGAAAACCCGAAAACUGAAAAACACGAACGCAUUUCUUCCCUUCUAAGGACAAUUUUUAUUUCUCAGUUAAUUGAAAGGAGGGGAAGUUCGGGUGUUGCAUCUUGUUGUAUCAAUUUUCUGUAUUCAAGAGACUGAAAUAUUGAUACAGAUUUGCCUCCCCAGGAGAUCUGUCCUUCUUACGGUAUUUUUGAUGCAGGAUGAAUGCAUCCAUUUUUCGAGUUGCUAGCGUACAGCUUUUGGUAUGGCCCCUUUUUAUGGAGAGGCUCCAGAUAGUCUUAAUUGUGACUGAAAUAAUAAAGUUUAAAAAAAAUUAAUAGAUUUCAGUGUAAUAUAGCUGAGCUUCAUCAGUGAGACUGACUUUUAUCUGUUAAAGAGCAUAAAUCAAGACCUCGGUGUGGAAUGCUACAGAGGAAUGAACAGAAAGUGAUCUCUUUUACUAAGUUGCACUAUCAUGCAUUUCUCCAAGGACAGAAAAUGUUAGAAAAAGAUUAAUGCUGAGAACAAGAGAAGUAGCCUGAUCAGAUCAUGUGUUUCUGAUGGCAGAUUAUGGGAAAGGGAGAAUGCCUCCACCCAUCCACAGACCUUUUCUCAGCUGCUGAAAUGCACUCUAAGCUUUGAAUUGUACAGAAAUUUGGGCUUAGACAUGAACAGAAAUGCUUUUGUGCCAACACAUUUGACCUACAACCUAUCCCAUCUUCUCCCAGUGUAAGUUCUUCGGCAGGGCUUGCUCCCUUUUCGUGGAGCAGUAGUAAAUAAUUUUAAUAACCAUUUAACUUUCCCGUAAAAACCUUGAUCAAAACAGUCAGAUACUUGCAGUUCACAAACUGCAGAUGACAUUUAUGGGCCCAUUCCUAAGUUUCUUGAACUACUUAUGGGCCUAAUAAAUUCACUAACAAGUACAUAAUGCUGAAGCUGUUAGUUAUACAGAAUGUGAAGUUCAAUACCAUGAGCAGUUCUGCCACCUGUUAAACAGAAAGCCAUCAUUUCUAUGUGUGCUUAAGUCAUCCAUGUAAUAACAUUUCUUGGAAUAUUCUUGUCUGUUUUAUGCAUGUCAGGGGUCGUUUUGUUUGUCCAGUUUUUCUGAGUCGUUUGUUUUUCAAAUAAUUGUUGUAUCAUCUGAGGGGGAAGAUGUGCUUGUCCCCUUGUCCCCUGCCUGAGUGACAAUGCUCAAAGCCACCUGAAGGAGUUGUUAAAGCCAACAGUUUCCCUGCAAUGCCACAGCAGCAUUAUCCUCAGGCUUGUGUGGGCUGAGUUACUGGAAGGAGAUUGGAGGCUUUUCCCUUUUUUUCUUUGCAGCAUUGAAAAGCAGUUCUGCAGCUUUAAGAAUGAACUCCAAACAAUUCCACGCUAUCAAAUGUCAUUGUAAACACAUCAGAUGAGAGAUGUUUAGCUUUCUGUUGCACAGAUGUACCACACUUUCAUGUUCUCUUGAAAGCUGUGGUGUAAACUUAACCCACAGCUGCAAUAUUAGAUUUAAGAACAGAACAAUUAAAUUGUGGAGUACCAAUUACACUAUAUUACUCCCUGCUUGUUAAAGCAGCUUUCAGGAUAUAACCAGGCUGACUGAUUAUGAGGGCCCAUUUUUUGUUGGAUUUUUGUUGUUGUUGUUGUGCUAGUUAAUAAAAAUCCAGUGGUGCUAUAACUUUAAGAAUUGAUUACAACACAUUCCGUAAUAUCAAGUGUCGGCUUUAGGAAACAUAUAUCAAGGGCUGGGGGAGGACUAAAUGGUGUGUCAUAUGAUUCUUCACUUUGGUAGACGGACUUGAAAAACACUGCAGAGGUUCAGGGGAGCUGUGUUUGUGGAUAAGAGCAAACUCACUGUAUAAAUAAUUAAAUACUCAAGCACAGGACGAGGAGAAAUUAGGAAACAUGAACUUUGAGUAACCUGGCAAUUUGUGAUGUACAGCUUUGUUCCAUGCAGAGUGAGUGCACUUAAACUGUGAAGGAGAUGGGAUGCGAAAUUUCUGCAACCUGCUCCUGAAGGAGAAGUACUGAACUUGAUCUAUUGCUUUUUGAUCUCUCUUACUGAACAUCUGUGGCCAGAUCCUCAGUUGACUUCUGACCUGCCAUCUUGUGGUAUAGGGCCAUAGUUUAUAUUUCAGCAAACAUUAUUACACAUGCUGUUGCAGGCAACACGCUUUUUCCCUCAAAGAGAGGCCUGAGAUUGAUUAAACUACAGAGUGAUCACUUUUUGUACCCCUUUAGGGGAAUGUUUUCAGCCUAAAGCUGAAUUCUUCCUGCCCUCAGAACAUUACUCUCACUCAUAUUAAGGAGACAGGACAGCUAUUUUUCAGAGACUGUCAGUUGAUUUAUUAUGUGCCUUCUUCUGAUUUCUUCCAUCCCUUACACAUUAGAGAAAGUACAGGCUGACUAUCCCUGGGCUGGGGAACAGUUAGGGAGAAAUCCCUGUUCCACUGGUGCAGUAAUAAAACUCGUGGGAACUUCAGUCUUUUAGAUUUUCCCCAUGAGGCUUAGUUAUGGUCUGUUGCUUGUUUUUUCACCAGCAUGGACUUUUUCCUGGUUUACAUCACUUUUAGUAGGUUUAGAGUUGACCAGCAUUUGGAAACUCUAUUCUAGCUAGUUUAAGAGAAAAACUGAUAGAGUAUCUAUUAGGCAAUUAACACCUCUAGCAUAAGGAACACAUAUUUCCUAGAAUGUGCUCCAUCUUCAGGCAUGCACAUUCUUGGGAAAUACAGCUCCCUGUAAUUGCUUUAGAAGGUUUUGAAGAAAAAUUGCCUUCAAUAAAUAAAAAAAGGCCAAGUUGUCAUGUUUUAAUCCAGUGGAAACACAGGUAUAACUACACUAACUUUUUAUUGUCAAGCUGCAUCUCGUUAUCUUACAUAAAAUCUUGAUUGACCUUUAUGAUAUGGGAGGACUCAAGAGUUUCUGUUUGACAGAGUAUCUGAAUUGUUUGCCCUUUCCUGUACCUUUAUCCCACCUCAUCUUUUAGAAAGUCUCGAUUUCCUGAGCUUAUCAAACUUGUCAAGGUGGUUCCCCCCUCCACUGCUCCUGUGUCUUUGUAUUGUUCUCUCUGUUCUGAUGUUUCAGGGAAAGCAGACUGGCAGCUGCAGAGGACCUGAAGUGCAACAGUUGGCUUUUUGGCAUUGCCUCACUGCCUGCUUUUCCUGGUAUCCUCAUCAGCUCCUGCAGACUUUAAUCUUUCCUUUUCAAAUAAAAAUUUCCUCCUGAAGGUGCGAAAUUUCUGCGCUGAACCGAAUCUGAACUGCCCGAGAUGUUGAGCCAAGAAUGGGCUUGUUCUGUCAUUUGUGCAAGUGUAGACCAGGUUAAGUCUUGCUUUGAAGUCAGUACUGUUAUUUUAAGGCCAGUACAACCGUGAGAGGAACCUGUCAGCGUGAGGUGAGCUGCCUGCAUUUAUUUCAGAGGGGUUUGAACACUCUUGUCUCUGGACUGUUUCACAGCCGCUGCUCUUCACAGGGGACCAAGAUAUGGAGUGGAUUUAUUUAAGGUAGGAUUUCAGAUUUUUUUUUUAAAUUUUAUUUUAUUUUUCAAAGUGUGUUUGGUUGAAGGUGUAUCACAUUUUUCUAUGUCCUGACAGGGAAUAAAGUAGUGAUGUAAGAAAAGCAGUCUGUGCUAAAGGUGUUUAUGUACUUUCUAGCCUGCUUAGAAAUCCAACAGAGAUUCUCCAGUAUAUGAUCUGCCUUUUAUUUGUGCAUAAAGUUUAAUUGUUCUUCAAAUUAAAACACAAAUCAGGACUAAAUUUUAAAGAAACCACACCACCAGCUGAGAAAUGGCAGAUGUCUUGCAGGUAUUGGCAGCUGAACAUUUGAGCCUCCAGAUGCCUUGAAAAACAGUUAUCUAGGUGUUUCCCUCAUUUACUCACUCAUCCAGUGUUGUUUGUGCUCACUGCGGAUCAGUCACAAGAUAAUGAGGACUCACUUUAUCCAUUUGGGAGGCAAAGCUUCAGGCCUGUCAAGAUGGUCCCAAAACCACCACCCAUAUGACCACACAAAAUAAACUGUUAAGCACCAUCAGAACAGGAGUCUGGGGUCUGAAUCAGGGUGGUUGCUCAGCACUUACUGAAGAGGGGAGUGUGUUUCUUUCCACAUACAUAGCAUGUCACUGACAAGUGACAUAAGAGAGCACUGAUAAAUCCAUUUUUAUCAUGUGCUAAUCAUGUUAAAAGGGUAAUGUAGGGGCACAGGAGAUGGAGAGACAUAGAGAGAUGGACUCAGAGACUUAGAUUAGAUCCAGUUGUGUGGAAAGAAUUUUUUGGUGCAAGCAUUACAGGAGUUGUCAAAUCUUUUUAACCAGGUGGGUGGAAAAGUGGAAAACGUGGUCUUUAACAUCAAAAUAGUGAUUUCAAGGUAGGCAAAGAGAGCUAUUGCACCUCAUGUGUUCUGGUUUUUUACAAAGAGAAGCAAGGGUAGAUGAGGUGCCAUGGCAGAUGACCCUGAUACUUGGUACUCUGUUCAUAGAACCUUUUUGGAGAGUCACUUCCAGAUGUUUUAAUUGUUAUCAGUAUACUCAAGUUCCACAGCUUUUGCUGCAGGGGUAGCCAAGGUUACAGUGAUGCUUGAGCCACCAUCUGUAACGAGCUGUGCUCAUGCUGAAAAUUGUUCAGAGAUCAUUUUAGUGACAAGCGUGCACAGCAUCACUGAUGGUUGGGAUGCUCUCAUUGGGCAUUACUGCUGGGAUACCACCUCUAGGAGUGGCUGUGGUAUGGUGACAACUACCUGUGCUUCUCUGCCAGGUGUACCUGAUGUGGCUCCAGGACAGGCAUGACAGGCUGUCCUCUUCUUUGCAGAUACAGAAGGACAUGGGCCAUAGGUCGCUCCAGCAGAUGAGUUUCUGGCACUUCAGCUCAACCAGAAGAUGUGGCCAUGAAAGCAGGACACUGUAGGAAGUCUAGAAAAUCAGUUCUCACAAGUAAGUCAAGUACCUGUAGUAACAGACAGAGAAAUGUUGAUGUGUGUCAUGGAGCAAUGGUCCUUUCCUCUCACUUCCACUGAAAUUGUCUCAAAGAAUUUGCUGUGAGCAUGAGCUGACUCUGGUAUCCUGUGAGUGGGCCAACAUAUUAUGUAUCCUCCAGUUCCUGGAGCUCAGAACUGAUCUCUCAUUCCAUGAAGUAUGAAGUGCCAUCAGGUUUGUUGCUCUUGUCUUUGGUAUCUGUAUUUCCCCUCCCAGCACUGCAAGCAGCAGGUCUGUCUUGCCAGAGACAGAUCUCUCUCUUCAGAGCACAGCAUGAAGAGGACAGCUGAGCCUGUUGGGGUCUGAUAUGACCUCACAUGAUCCAUGGCACAGCAGUGAGUAAGUGUUUCUUGGCACAGGGGCUUUGCUGUGCUGCAGAUCACUUCUUGUCUGAAGUGGGUUCCUCAUCUGUUUACCUCUCAAGCAGCUGUUCUGGAAUAGCACAGAAGUGGUGAAAUCGGUGGGGACAUUUCAAAAGCAUAGUUUCUCCUGUGUGUUUCCUGGAGCCUGCUCUGACACAAGUAUCCUCCUUGUGUCCUACUCUCCCCUUGUUGUUACCACACAAACCUCGUGAUGUCUUGGCUCUCUGCUCUGUACAGAAACUGUUUCGUGCAUUGCUGGGGAUCCUACUUUCAUGUGGGAGCUGCUUUUCUAACAACCCUCACACCAAGGACACAGCUACUCUCAGACAGAGUGGUCAGAAGAGGCAUGAUAUUUUUUUAUAGUUCCAGGACCGUCUAUUUACACUUUUAGCAUUUCCUGGUGUGCAGAUCAUCCUAAUACAAACUCUCUGACUCCCAUUGCACACUCUAAUACCCAUGUUUUAAAAACUGCUCAGUGAACCACUGUAACCUGUGAAUUAGAGCUCUGAACUGGAUACAAGAGACCCAGUUCUGAUCUGCCUCUGUUCUGCUAAGUAAUUACAGAUGACAUACAUUAGCAUUUCUUGCCUCAUUUUUAUCCCUCUGUAGCACUCUGAUAGUGAUUCUGAUUUGUUUGUAAAACAAUAAGUUGAACUGAUGAGAAGAGCUACAAAAGAGUGUAGUGUUGUUAUUAUCUGAGUGGUCUUUUAAUUUUUAUAUCUCAGAAUGUCUCCAUUAAUCCUGUAAAAGUCAUGACUAUUCUGUUUACCAGACUUAGUGUAUGAGACAGUACAAUGAUGAAGACUAAUUAUAAAUCACAGAAAAAAAUUCUGGAAAACAGAUUCCUUUAACAUUUCCAUUCUGUGCAGGCUUUUUCAGUGUCUUACUACAAUGAUGCCAGUUGGAUUAGAAAGCUUUUUAAAAUGUGAAUCUAUCUUUUCAAAGAUUUGUAGCCAAGCCUUUCCAGUUUGUUAAAAUGUAAUUAGUGUCUGCUUGUUAAUAUGAUGUUCAUUGAUUUUUAAAGUACACAGACUUCAAAGCUAGAAAUAAAUAAAUAAAAAGAAGAUAAUUCAAACCAGAGUGGAACAGCUCGGACAGUUUUACUCUUUUGCCAGGAUCCCAAAGCUGUUGUGUUCAAACAAUGCCACAGUUUGAGUGGAAAUGUGAAGAUUAAAUCCAAACCCUGCAUGUCAGCUUUUUUGCAAAUGACUAUCCAGGAUUUCAAUAAAAUGUCCAACCACAACAGAUUAUGUUGCAGGGAUUUUUAUUGCUUAACAACUUGUGAUUUCUCUAACA